CGCAAAUCUCGAUUUAUUGGUCGGGUCACUAUCCCCAGUUUGAGGACUUACAUUGCCUGUUGGGGAAGGGACAACAUGAAGGACAAUCAGGGGUGGUAUUGUUACACGACGUUGUUGCUGUGCUACUGGAGCCGAAAUUAGACUUGGUUCAGGCAAGCGAGCCCGAUCGAUAAGAUUCCCAUGGAGGUCGUGCACUCGGACUAUAACAAAGACGAGGGUGGCUAUCCCCAUCUUGUCCAUUCGACUUCUCAUUCUCUCAUUCUCUCAUCCAACCCAUUCCAACCAUCUACUUUUUUCGCCCAAACGCUGUUGACCUUGAAGCGCGUUGAUGAGCCAUUAUCCCUCGCAACCUCCUCCUCCCAGUACCGAUGGCAAGCCCAAUGUCAUGAUUGUUGGGGCUGGUCUUGCUGGCAUGUUCUUGGGAAUCCUACUUGACCAUAUAGGUGUUCCCUAUGAAAUUUUUGAAAGAAGUAGCGAAGUCCGACCUCUCGGCGCUGUGAUGAGCUUGAAUGCGAACAUCCUACCCGUAUUUGAACAGCUUGGGAUAUAUGAGGAGCUUCUGAAGAUGUCGUAUCCAAGCAAAGGCUUUAACAUAUAUAAGAGCGACCUGACGAACAUUGCAUCCCUAACCAUCGAUAAUGAAGAAGAGCUGUUCGGAUACAACUUCUGCGUCUUCGCUCGACCUCGCCUUCACGAUCUCUUUCUCUCUCGGAUACCUCCGGGGAGAAUCCAUCGAGGCAAAAAGGUCAUGUCCUUAUCUCAGAGCAAGGAAGGGGUGAUGAUCCGAUGCAGCGACGGUACUACCUACCACGGGGACAUCCUUGUGGGCGCCGAUGGUGCCUACUCCGGCGUUCGCCAGGACUUGUUCAAACAGAUGCAGAAGACGAAGGAGCUUCCAGCGUCCGACACCGAAACACUCUGCAAAGGCUACAUGUGUUUAGUCGGAACAGCCGAUAAACUGGACCCCAACAAAUAUGAGGUCUUGAAUGAUAAAGUUUCGAAGGUGUACCAGGUCAUUGGAACUGGCACUCAGUACUCUUGGAGCGCAGUUAACGUUCCUGACAACAAGAUUUGCUGGAACGUGAUUGUUCAACUUGCGACGAUGAGGCAGGCUGAGGACGAAAAGUUCAGGAACUCAGAAUGGGGGCCUGAUUCAAACGACGCCAUGAUCCGAGAGGCCAGGGAUUUUCUGCUUCCCAUCGGAGGCACGAUCGGUGAUCUUAUUGAUGCCACGCCGAAGGAGGCCAUCUCUCGUGUGCUACUUGAAGACAAAGUCUUUGACACCUGGUACCACGGUAGAACCGUACUCAUUGGCGAUGCAUGCCAUAAGUUGCUUCCGAGUGGUGGGCAAGGCGCAGUUAAUGCACUGCAAGAUGCUGUGAUACUGGCAAAUUGCAUAUACGACCUGCCAUCGUUAGAGCAGCACGAUAUCACAACAGCAUUCAGGGAUUACAAGAACCAUCGAUAUGCUCAUGUGAAGGAUGAAUACGAAGCAAGCAAGACAAAUGCAAAAGUCUUCUAUGGCCAGACGUUCCGCGAGCGACUCAUGCGCAAUGUAGCACUCAACUACCUGCCCAAAUCGCUACAGCUGCGAACCAUGACUAAGAGCUUGGCGUAUCGUCCGCAGGCAUCAUUUCUUCCGCCGGCACCGAAAAGAGGCACUCGCCCUGUGCUCCCACAAAAAUAAUCUAGUCAAAGCGAUGUAACGAAAAAAAAAAAAAAAGCACACGACAAAAAGAAACAGAGUGCUUGAACAAGUAAUCGGUAAUGUGGGAACGACAGUCAAUAAAUAAUAAGGACCAGGGC